UCCCAGGGCGGCCGCUCUUGCCGGCGCGGCGACUCGCUGGCGUCAGCCGGGGCGCGGAGGCGGAAGAUGGCGGCGGCGGCGGCCGGGCGGCCCUGAGGAGCGAGGCGGCGGCCAGGACGGCCGAUGGCGGUCGGGGGGCGCCCUCGGGGACCCGCGGGCCGUUAGGGCGCGACGCCGGGCGGCAUGUCGGAGCACGCGGCGCCCGGGGCCCCGGGGCCCGGACCCAACGGCGGCGGCGGCGGCGGCCCGGCCCCCGCGCGCGGGCCGCGCACCCCCAACCUCAACCCGAACCCGCUCAUCAACGUGCGCGACCGGCUCUUCCACGCGCUCUUCUUCAAGAUGGCUGUCACCUACUCGCGCCUCUUCCCUCCCGCCUUCCGCCGUCUCUUCGAGUUCUUCGUGUUGCUCAAGGCCCUGUUCGUGCUUUUCGUCCUGGCCUACAUCCACAUCGCCUUCUCCCGCUCGCCCAUCAACUGCCUGGAGCACGUGCGAGACAAGUGGCCGCGAGAGGGCAUCCUGCGCGUGGAGGUGCAGCACAACUCGAGCCGCGCGCCCGUCUUCCUGCAGUUCUGUGACGGCGGCCGCGGCGGCUUCCCCGGCCUGGCGGUGGAGCCUGGCGCCCUGGAGCUGGAGGAGGAGGAGGAGGAGGAGGAGCUGACCAUGGAGAUGUUCGGGAACAGCUCCGUCAAGUCGGUGGGGAAAGAGGCCUCCGGGCCCAACCCUUCGGCACGGUGGGCCUGCCGACCCCUGCCUCCCGCUCCACAGUUUGAGCUGGACAUCGAGCCCAAGGUGUUCAAGCCGCCAGGUGGCCCCGAGGCCCUCAACGACAGCCAGGAGUUCCCCUUCCCUGAGACGCCCACGAAAGCGUGGCCACAGGACGAGUACAUCGUGGAGUACUCGCUGGAGUACGGCUUCCUGCGGCUGUCGCAGGCGACGCGGCAGCGGCUCAGCAUCCCCGUCAUGGUGGUCACCCUGGACCCCACGCGGGACCAGUGCUUCGGGGAUCGCUUCAGCCGCCUGCUGCUGGCCGAGUUCCUGGGCUACGACGACAUCCUCAUGUCCAGCGUGAAGGGCCUGGCGGAGAACGAGGAGAACAAGGGCUUCCUGCGGAACGUGGUGUCCGGGGAGCACUACCGGUUCGUGAGCAUGUGGAUGGCCCGCACGUCCUACCUGGCCGCCUUCGUCAUCAUGGUCAUCUUCACCCUGAGCGUGUCCAUGCUGCUGCGCUACUCCCACCACCAGAUCUUCGUCUUCAUUGUGGACCUGCUGCAGAUGCUGGAGAUGAACAUGGCCAUCGCCUUCCCCGCAGCGCCUCUGUUGACCGUCAUCCUGGCCCUCGUGGGGAUGGAGGCCAUCAUGUCCGAGUUCUUCAACGACACCACCACGGCCUUCUACAUCAUCCUCAUCGUGUGGCUGGCCGACCAGUAUGACGCCAUCUGCUGUCACACGGGCACCAGCAAGCGGCACUGGCUCCGGUUCUUCUACCUGUACCACUUCGCCUUCUACGCCUACCACUACCGCUUCAACGGGCAGUACAGCAGUCUGGCCCUCGUCACCUCCUGGCUCUUCAUCCAGCAUUCCAUGAUCUACUUCUUCCACCACUACGAGCUGCCCGCCAUCCUGCAGCAGAUCCGCGUCCAGGAGAUGCUGCUGCAGGCCCCGCCGCUGGGCCCCGGCGCCCCCACGGCCCUGCCCGACGACCUCAACAACAACGGGGGCGCCCUGGCCGCCGGCCCCGACGCUGCCGGCCAGCCCCCCGCCCUGGGCCCUGGCUUGCAGGGUGCUGGCGGGGUUCCCGGGCCUGUGGCUGAGGCGCCCAGCUCCCUGGUGGCCGCGGCGGCCUCGGUGGCUGCAGCAGCCAGUGGGGACCUGGGCUGGAUGGCGGAGACGGCUGCCAUCAUCACAGACGCCUCCUUCCUGUCGGGCCUGAGUGCCUCUCUCCUGGACCGGCGGCCGGCCAGCUCCCUGAGCCCCAGCGGGGCACUUCCCCGGACCCCCCGGGACAGGACCCCCCCAGGCGACUCCCCGGGGUCAGACGCAGACCCUCAGGCCGCCGUGGAGAGCGGGCGCGGCCUGGCGUCCCCAGCUCCAGUGGGUGCGCCCUCGGAGGGCGGCUCCUGAGCCCUGGGCCGCUGACCGCCUCUGUCCCUGGCCGUCCAGGCCAGCCGGGGGUGACCUGGCUGGAGCCCUCCGAGGUCAGGGAGGCUGGACCCAGCGGCUCUGGGACUGCCCAGCCUGCCGUGGGCGGUGUCGGGUCCAUCAGGUUCGCUUGGAGGCAGGCUUCUCUCCCCAGGGUGUGGGGCCUGCCUGCGACCCGUCCCUGCUUAUGGUGACCGUCCUCAGCCCGUGAGUCAAGAUGGCCGAGGAGCCAGAGUGGGAGAAGGGGCAGGGGCUCCAUGGAAGGUUCUGGAAGGGGUUGGUGAAAGGUCUGGAGCAAGCUGCCCCAGGGCAAAGCAGGCAAGUCCCUGAGCAAGGUGAAACAGGUGGGGCCGGCUCAGCUGGUGCUCUGCCGUGCACAGUGCCUUUCCACGGCCACCCCACGCACCUGGGCUGGGGUCCCAGGAAGGUGGAGCGAGGCCCAGGACGGUGCUCGGGGCGCCCGCAUCGAAGACAGCCACGGGGCGCCCGGGUCCCACCCUGCACGGGGCGGGGCGACGGCCGGCGGCCCAGCCCCGUCACUCCCGUGAGGAAGGCAGGAGAGCGCUCAUUCCACUAUUUAAUUGCAGUGUACAAAGUGGUGUUUGUAUAUAGAAUAAACUGUCUGUGGACAGCGGC